ACGUGGAAGGUGAUCCUCUCGGUUUUCUCUUCGGAUCAGUGCGGCCGGACCAUCGCCAACCGAUUACUCAAUAACUCGUCGUUCUGCUCAUGCAACUAGCUAACGAUCUCUCCCUCGACAUCGUUUCGCAAAGCGACGACAGUCCCGCUCCGCACGUCAUCACGCGAACAUUGACGCCGUAUCUUCAGUGGACUGCGUGCUUGGAAGAACCCGGGAGUGACAGCACUUUGCCAUCGCGGCAGGAGUACUUGAAGCCGUACGGAAUCAUUGAUCGCGCCUUCUAUCCGAAGGAAGAACCUGAGGAGGCGCUUGAAGGAGAAGAGGAAGCCACUGAAGAAGAGGGCGACGCCGAUGAGGAAACGUCGGAGGAGGGAAGUUACAGUGAGUACAGCGAAGGGGAGCUGACUGAAGAAGAGGAGGAGGUAGACAAAGAAGAAGAAGAAGGAGAAGAGGGGGAAGCCGGAUCGGAGUGGGAGGACUUGCCGGAAGAAGCGGCGCGCACAGGCACGGAGGCGGAAGAUCCCGAAGCGGCACAUAGAAGGGAGGAGAUCGCCGCCGGGAAAAACCAGCUAGAGAUCGCCAGCGGUGCGAGCUUGUGCAUCAACGACGCCCCAACCACAGAUCCAGAGCCCCCCGAGCCCGAAGAUGGCGGAUCAGCAACCGCGGCUCCGAGCGCAUCACGACGGAGACAGAGCCGAUCACCCUCCCCCUCCACCCCAACCCGUCCCCCAGUUCGUCCACGUACCGAUGCAGGGAAUCGGCCUUCGUCCCCGGUCAUUAUCCCGCCGUCCCCUUGACUACCUCACCCUCUGCCAGAUCUCUACCCCCGUCACCUUCCCUCGCAACCCUUUUCCUCCCAAUACCUUCCGUCACUUUUACUCCAUC